AUGGGUUGGUUUUGGGCAGACACCGACCCUAAGGCGCCAGCCGCCCCUUAUCCUCUCCCCAACGCCGCCGCCGCCGCUCCUCCGCCCGCGUGCCCCAUGCACAAGUCUUCUGAUCCAUCCCCUCACUCGCCUACGCCCGCUGGCGCUUGUCCCGUUGUCCACAACGCCCCUGUUCCUACCUCCAAACCUACUGGCGCAUGCCCGGUCGUCCAUGACGCCCCCGCUGCCGCCCCAAAGUCGGGCCUCCUUGACAAGCUGAACCCUCUCAACUACAUGCCCUCGUAUUUGUCCCAGGAGCGCGCCGAGAAUCAGACGAUCGACCUGCCGACGAGCCGAGAGCCGUCGUCGAUCCCUCGCGGUGAUGGCGGGGGCAACUGGGAGUACCCAUCGCCACAGCAGAUGUACAACGCGAUGCUGCGCAAAGGCUACACAGAUACGCCACAGGAUGCCGUCGAGUCGAUGGUGUCGGUGCACAACUUUUUGAACGAAGGCGCAUGGGCAGAAAUUCUCGAGUGGGAGCGGCGCUUCGGGCGCGGCGUCGUGAAUGGCUGGCGCGAGAGUCGGCGCGGUGAGGAAGGUAGCCAGGCCGACAGCUUGCUUGGCGCCGACUGGCCAGACAAGGAAACACAGCCACCGCGCCUUGUGCGCUUCAUGGGUCGUCCUGGAGAUCUUACACCCAAGGCCCGCAUGUUGCAGUUCUUGGGGCAGAUAUACCCGGCCAAGUUUGGCUCUGAGCCACCUUUUGAUAGGCACGAUUGGUUUGUUCAGAGGACACUACCGGACGGCACGAGCGUUGAGAGGAGAUAUGUCAUCGAUUACUAUGAAGGCCCGCCGGAGCACGGCCUGCCCAUCUUCUUUUUGGAUGUCAGGCCGGCCGUUGACACGCCUAGCCAGGCAGCAGAAAGAGCCAUUAGGUGGGGAAGAGAUGUUUGGUGGAGGGCGGUUGGUGGCAACAUCAGGGAGCAGCUGGAGGCUCAGCAAGCCUCAAAGAGGUAG